CUUCUGAAAGUCAAUUAUGCGUAUUUGUGUUCGAUAAUCAAGGCUGUGCUAAAUUAGUCCCACCUGACGAAUAUAAAGAAUAUUCGUACGCUGUAAUUUUUCAAUUAUUCCGAUAUGUGCGUCCCGACAGGGUGCGGCUGGUGUCGCUAUAUUGUCUAACGUCAAAAAUUGAUCCCCACAAAAUUGACACAACCGAUGGCCCAAAUAGACAUAACCAUAUAUGCGCGACAAUGUCGCCCUGACCUAAAUUUACUCCACAAGAUCCAAACGACUUUUGUUUGAGGGAACUCCGUCAUAAAGCCGUAGUAAGAUUCAGAUUUAGAUCUCACGAUCCUUAAUUUCAAUAUAUUUCAUCAUAUAUAUAUGUACUGGUUGUUUGAAUUCAAAGAUGUUACUACAGCACCAUCAUAUUCCAUCCAUCUUACAUCUGAGAAAUAAUUCUCAUACGACCAAACCUCGUCAAUCACCAGUUGUUCAUAGUCCGACCAUCGAUGUUAAAUUACCACUUCCCUCAUAUGAGUCGAUUAUUGGUUCAGAUGAUCUCCAACUGAUUCCACGUUCUCAUUCGACCAUUUUGCCUUCAUAUCACAUGUAUAAAUCCAUUGUAUUGAAAAGUUUAAAAUUAUUAAAUCGUCCCCCUCCUCCUCCAUAUGAACCACCUAAUGAAUUAACUACUUCAUCAUUACAGCAAACAUUGUCUACAGAUUCACUUGAAUCUUCCAAUAAUUCAACUACAAUACUUAAUAAUUUGAGUUCAUUAACGAAUUUAAGAGCAGUAGAUGUAAAUAUUGAACUAAUUAAUCAAAAGCUUGAAUAUAGACAAGGAGACGUUAUUAGGGGUACUGUGAAUAUUACAAAUAAAAAAUCUUAUCCAAUUAAAUUCUCCAUGAUAUAUAUUAUGUUUGAAGGGUUAUAUGAUAUUGAUGGUAGAGAGUGGCCAUUUUUGUCUACAAUUGAUCUUAACUCUUUUAUUAAUGAAAUUGAUAAUAAGGGAACUAUUGGUCCUGAUACCCUUAAACCUGGAGAAUCUUUCUACAAGCCAUUUUAUUUUGUAAUUCCAAAUUAUCUUCUUGAUUCGGCUUGUAGUUCUGUUAACCGACACUUGCAAUUACCUCCAUCGUUGAAUUGGCAAAAGGAUUUAUGUAUCGUUGAUGGUUCAACACGGUAUAGAAUUUCUGCAUAUGUUAUAAGUCAAAAUUUAAAGGAAUAUAUCAAUAUUGGUCACACAACUAGGCUUAUUACCUUAGUUCCUUUUUAUAAAAUCGAUAAUAAUACCGUCAAUGAAAUAUUUACUUAUAAUUAUUUAAUGGAAAUUAUUAAGAGGGAUUUGAUUUUUAUUAGUAAAUCUAAAAUUAAUGAUAUGAUUGCAAGUAUGGAAUUGAAAUCAGUUAACUCAUUAAAGUUCUGCAUCAAUAAACAAACAUAUAUACUUCAAGUCCCUUUGAAACCAAUACAAAUUCAUUAUGCUCCUGCCAUCCCCAAUAAUCCUCGAAUCAAUCAAAUUAUUAAGGCUAAUUUUAAACUAACAAUUCCUCCACUGUUCAUAAAGGCGAUGAAAUCAGAAUUAAUUAGUGUAACCAUUAAAUCAAACAAUACUAUCCCAAUAGCAAUAUCCAACGAGAUGCUUUAUCAAACAUUCUCAAAUUCAUCUGCCUUUAAUGAAAUUGUAUCCAAACCAAUUAAAAAAUUGGUUUCUGAAUUGGAUUAUAAAGUUUCUACUAUUUCACCUCGUUUAAGUACCAUAUUAUGGAAGUUAUUAAACAUUUCUGUAAAAUAUGUUCCACUUGCCAUAGAUGAUACAACGUUUAUUCAUAAUGAAAUUCAAGAUCUGUAUGAUGUAAACAUGAAUUUAAGAUCUAUGUACAUUAAGAAUCUUGAUCGAGCAGUUGUAGAAAAUCGUUUCGGUGGAUUUAAUCUUGUACCAUCAUUUGAAAGUUGUCAUUUGGUGCGAAAGUACUUUUUGAAGUUGACUAUAAAGUUAAAUCGAAUCAACAAGACUAAUAAUAAUAAUGUCCUUUACAUUAAUAUUCCUGUUGAAGUUGUUGAAUAGAAAGAUUAUAGCUGGUCUAGUCUUUGGUAACGAAUUUCUACAAUGUAAUGCUUUUAUACAUAUACAUA